AUGAAACCUCACCGCAUACGCAUGACUCAUAAUUUGCUGCUCAACUACGGUAUAUAUAGGAAAUUGGAAGUUUAUCGUCCUACUCCAGCAACUUUUGAGGAGAUGACAAAGUAUCACUCAGAUGACUACAUGAUGUUUUUGAAAAACAUCCGACCGGAUAACAUUUCUGACUACACUAAGCAGAUGCAGCGUUUCAACGUAGGAGAGGACAACUUCCAGGAUUGCCCCGUUUUUGAUGGGGUUUUCGAGUUCUGUCAGCUGUCUUGUGGAGGCUCUUUAGCCGCUGCAACAAAGCUAAAUCGCAAGCAUGCUGACAUUGCCAUAAAUUGGAUGGGUGGCUUGCACCACGCUAAAAAGAGCGAAGCAAGUGGUUUUUGCUACAGCAACGAUAUCGUGCUGGCUAUCUUGGAGCUUCUAAAGCACCAUCAGCGUGUUCUUUACGUGGACAUUGAUAUUCAUCAUGGAGAUGGCGUAGAGGAAGCUUUCUACACAACUGAUAGAGUCAUGACUGUAUCUUUCCACAAGUAUGGUGAAUAUUUCCCGGGCACUGGCGAUUUGAAAGUGAGU